AUGGCGGAAGUGGUGGGCUCAGUUCUUGUUCAGGAGUGCUUGAGUAAAGCCAUCUCCUUCGUCUUGGGCAGGCGCGAGGAGAAGGUGUCUCAAGGGGUCAACGCCGAGAGGCUGGAGAUGGCAGUUUCCCAGCUAGAGUUCGCUCUCGAGAGGACGGCCAAGCUGCCGGUCAUGGAGCUCUCCCUGCUCCACCGUAGGAAGAUGAUCAAGCGUGCUUACCUCGAGGGCACGGAGCUGCUCAACAAGCACAAGCAGCUACAGGAACUCCAAGAAGGCCAGCAGGAAGAGGUCGCCCAAGCCCAAGGGGCGAAUUUGAAGCGUAGUCGCUGGGUCACCAUUCUUGCCAAGAACAAUCUUUCCAUCUCAUCAUUUGCUGGCUUGAAGACGGAUGAUGUUCGAAGAUUUGAAUGGUUCGCGGAUCAUGCAGGCAAGUUCGUAAGGGACGUGGAGUCAGGCUGUUCACUCCGGCACCACACCUUUUGCAACCCUCUUGUGAGGCUUCUUCUUGAAGGGAAAACCCUCAGGCAUCAGGUUUUGCUGCAAGGAAGCAGCCAGCUGCGACGCCGUCUGUACAUGCAGCCAAUAUGCUUAGAAGGGCGUGGCGUGGAGACGGUGCUGAUAUAUCAGUACAGGGACUAUUGUAAGACAUCGACGCUAGACAGAUCGUUCAAUCUGGUGUUGAUCUUGCGACUCUCAGAGAGCACGGAUAUUGUUGGGACAGCUAUAGUCUGCCUGCAGUGGAUGGCAUCUCAGUUCAAGAUUCCGACGGAAGCUGCAAUGGGCGAACUCACCCUGGUACCAGAUGUUCAGUUCACCUCCCAUCCAUAUGCUACUCGAUGUCAUGCUGAGAUCGAGCAAGAGUCUUACGGCAACGACACCCAAUAUCUGCGCCCGGAUCCAGUAUGCUGCAAACAAGCAAACCUGCACGGGCCCUGUGCAAACAGCAUGUUCCCGGAAGAAGUCAUCCACUUCUUCUUCCGCUGCUCUAGCUCAGCACUAGACUGGUGCAGCAGCUUGCCGAGCUCGUUGCAGCCACAUGACGAAGGAGCUGGAAAAAGGAGAAGGGCACCACUGGACCUGACAAUUGGCUGUUUGCCUCAUCAUGUGUACAAGCACAAGGAACAGCAGCAGCUGCUGGAGAGUUCUUACGCGCUGGAGAUAAACGGAGACGACGACCAGGAACGUGUAGGUGCUAGCGUUGCACAAGGAGCAGAGACGCUAAUAAGGUCCAAGGCAACCAGUUUUUUCUUGCGUCAGCCGGCGGAGCUGACGGAGUACAGGAUGCUAUGGAUCUACAGACAUGGUGUCGCAGGAUUUUUCUUGGAAAAGCCGGGCAUCAAAAGAACGAAAACCAGUGGCAGCAGGUCAAUGUCAAGCCGGUUGGCAGCGGCGUGCCACCGGUCAAUGAGCGUGCAGCAGCGGAGGAGCCUGAAGCGGGAACGAACAGAGGACCAGUGCCACGACGGCCACGCCUGUCCAUUUGGCCCAUGGGCCGUGUAA